UAUUUCAACAAGUAUCCUUUUCUUAUUACUUGAUCGAUCCCGACAAUAAAUAUUGAAAUCUUGUAGUGACAAUGAGAAGUCGCUUUGUCAAUCAUUUGACAAGGAUUCUUAAGUUGUGAUUACACUAUAGUUAUGCGACAUGUCUAGACUUAGUAGGAAUCGAAGACAGUCCACCCUGCCAAUUAGUGAUCGCUAGUUUGAUGUUAUCAGCUCAGGAAAAGACAUGAAUAAUGUUCAUUCUUGAUCAUAUAAAUUAAUCAACUGUCUGUGACUAUCAAUAAAAAUCAAAGUCAGAUGCACAAGUAUAUCAGUCUACCAAUUAAACAAACUAUAUACCACAGAGUGUAGAUAAACGAGAAAACCCAUAGAUCCAUGUUUUUCUGAUACCUUCUUUGAAACAUUUGACAAUGAUCAUAAAUUGAAUCACGAAAUAAUCUUAGUUAGACCACCACCAUUUGAAGCACUAGGCAACUGUUCUGUCGUAAUAAGAGAUUCCUUAGCAUUUCUCAUCCGCAACCAUACAUCCGGGGGUCAAAUUCAGAGUCUUCAUUCUUAUGUUCUAGUGCCUAACUUCUAGACCACUGAACCGUCAUUCAUUAGUGUGCAUAUCUAACUUUAAACUGCCAUUGUCUGCCUCAUUUCUGAAAAGGUUGAACUCUAAUGUUCAUAGCUUCGCACUAAAACUCCAGAAGUUUAAUCUUGAAGCUAGUCACUAGUGUGGACAUGAUCAUUAUUUGUAUAGAGAAGGGGGAUUUGUAGGGAUCGUAAAGUUCCCAUAGUUUAAAUCACGAACUGAUCACAGCAUUCUAUUCGUCGUAAAGCUGGAAUUAUUGAAAUAAAGUAAAAUAAACUCUUCAAUUUUGGGAAAUAUUUACAUGAUUUGCACAUUCUUAAAUAGUUUAAAAUGUAUUUUGUACAGCUGAUAGUGCAGUGUGUCAUGUAUAUUCUAGUCAGUUUACCAGUCAACCGACUCUUUGAUACUAUCAGAAUUUCCUUUGCACUCCCAUUCCCGAUUACUCCAAAAGAUAGAUAAUACAAGUGAGAUAUAUGUGGUUGAAGAUCAGCAAAGACUGAUCAAAGCAAACAACUUAUAUACUUCAGCUAAUUACCCUUCAUUGGAGAAUAAGACCGGAAUCUAACACUAUUUCCUGGGAUCUCUAAGUGCUAUUCAUCUUUUUGAUGUUUGCCUUAAAUUCCUGGUGCAACAUGUCCUCUGAUCUGCGUCUUUUCCUCUUAUCUUGGCAACUUCAAGUUAGGGCUUGUUAUGUGUUGCAGUUUGAUGAUUUCUACAAAAUGUGACUUAUCCAGCCUCAGCAUCUUUCCUUAGAAUUUCUAUUCAGCUAAUUUGUUCUCUGUCACAGUCAAUUAUUAUUGAUGGUCACUUGACAAUGGGUCUUCAGUAUCUUGAGUAGACAGUUGUUUAUAAAUGCUCGUAUUUACUUAAUGAUGGUUGUAGCAGUUCUUCAAGUCUCAGCUCCGUAAAACAACUGUUUUGACAUUAAUGUUGAAAAUUCUGACUUUGUCGUUGUUUGACAGUUGUUUUGAGCUCCAAAUAUUCUUCAUUUGUAUGAAUGCUGUCCUCACUUUGGGAAUUCAAGCCUUCGCUUCUGCAUCAUAUCCACAUUGUUUAUCAAUGGUACUGCCUCGGUAUGCAUAGGCUUCUACCUCUUUCAGAGCUUCACCAUCAAGUGUGAUUCUGUUCCAAGAAAGCAGCAUAUAUGCGCAUAAACACAUGUACAACGACUUUACAAAUAGUGCAGAAAAUUUAGUACACUAAAAUAACAACUGAUCGCUAAGAAAAAAGCCUUUAAUUAUGGUCAAAUUGAAAUUUGGCUCUCAUGGAGAUAUUAAUGAUGAAGAAUUAGAAAUUUAGAUUUAUAUUAUAGAAAGUAAAAUAGCAGAAUAGGAUAUGUGUUCAUGAAUUUGUAGCUCAGCUGUUUUACAAUAUUUAAUAUGUGUACAAUAUCAAGCAGUUUGAGGCAUUUUUCCAUCUAUUUACUGAGUAAUGCAUGUAACAGCAUAAUUUUCGCUGAGGUUUUCAUUUCAGGCUCUAGGUUUCCCUUCGUCUGUUUUUUCUUCAUAAGGCAAUGUUGGGAUGCUCUAGAGCGUAUACUCACAGAAGACAUAUGUGGAUAACUUCAGAUAAAUAAAAAGAAGUCGUCAGUGAAAAUCAUGCACUAAUAAUCAGCGAUCACUCACUAAAUAGCCGGAAAAAUGUUCUAAAUGCUAGAUAUUGCAUAUUUUAAAUAUCAGAAGAAUGAUGAUUUAUCACACACGAAAAUAACCAGUAAAUAAAUUGUUGUCUAGGAGUUUGAGUAUCCUCAAUACUCCGAAAAUGUCUAUCGUUGAAGAAAAAGCACUACUGAUGAAACCUUUUUAUCCUAUCCAUGUACUUAUUUAACUUCCUAAUUGAUAAAAUAAUGAAAAUAAUAGGGAUGAUGUGUUGGGAAAAAUUGAAGAGGACUUCACCUAAACACGACAUUUUUCCAUGAAAUAAUCAUUGACUGUUGGACUGAUCCACUUCUAUGGAUGCAAACUAACCGGUUAGGGUUCACUCAAUUAUCGUAACCAAUGGUUAAAGAUGUUGAAUAACCAUAGUUCAGGAUCGAUCACAAUAGUGCAGAUUCAUCUCCAAUUUGUUUUCUUACUUAGAUCCUGAGUUCUAAAAUUGUCUUAUACAUGACUAUCCCACGAAUUUCUUAUUCCCUCGUGAAUCGUCUUGUCUAUUUCUAGUGUGUUUCUGUUAUUGGAUCUUUUUCCUUGAUAAUUUCAUCACUCUGAGCUGAUAUAGUAUAAUGAUUUAAAUUGAACCACACUAGGUUCUACUCUGCUUCUAGCUACGACUAACUGACCUAUUCCUACUAACGUGUGAAUACUUAUCAAUUUGUAUUUAUGCUUCAGUUAAAACCUUUAUUGAUUUGUUUUUUUUGUAUUUUCCGCCCUCCAUCUUAAAGUUCACUGUAAUAUACCAGAAGCUAUGGAUUCUGAAAAUUCAUUAGUGAUGACAUGUGAAAAUCUUGCAUACACGUCAUCAUCGUCACAACAACAAACAUCGUUGUCAUCCGCAGUAAUCGUAGUACCGGCAGUAGUAUCAUCAUCAACAGGAACUUCAUCUUUGACAUCAGUGAUGACCACUGCAGCUGUCACAACAAUACCAACUACAACAACAUCACAGACAACAAAGACGACAGCCACGUCAAGUACAAAUGGUACCUCUUCAACUGCAAACAAUAAUAAUAAUAAUACAUCAUUAGCUCAAAGACAAUACUAUCGAUCACAUUGUGCACGUCCCAGAUUCACUUAUGCUAAUUUAAUACGUCAAGCAAUAUUAGAAUCACCGGGACAACAAUUAUCAUUAAGUGCAAUUUACGUAUGGUUACAACGUGAAUUUGCUUAUUUUCGACAAAAUGAAGCUACAUGGAAAAAUGCUGUAAGGCAUAAUUUAUCAUUACAUAAAUGUUUCCGACGAUUGGAAACCACAUCUGGUUCAGUUUGGGUUGUUGAUGAAAGUGAAUAUCAAAGACGUAAGGCUAAACGAGCAGUGUAAGUGAAAUAACAGUAAUAAUAAACAUUUUUGUUUUCUUUAUGUGUGUAUGGGUGAUUGAGUGCAGUUUGCAUACAAAACAAACAGACAGGAACAGUUGUAGUAACAUAAUGAAAACUGUACUUACUUUAUACAUUUGAAGCAUUGCUCCUGUUUUUGUUAGGAACACCGAGUAAGUAAUGUAAAGGUUUGAUAUAGGGUACUAAAUAAUUAUGACAAAUUGAUUGAUAAAGUUGCAAGUCUUUAUCAAGUUAAAUGGAUAGAAUAUGUGUUAAGUAUGCACGACCUACUGCAAUGAGGAAUGUUUGCUGAUUUAAGAGUGAGCUGAAAUAAAGCUAGGAAUGGUCGUCAAACAAGAAUUUGGGAUAAUUCUAUAAAUUUAAUGACUGCUGGAUUGAACUGCGUUGCUCUGUGAAGAUUACCUGACUACAGUUCUCGCAAUUAUUGUAACUUAUGAUUACAGAGACUUUUUCUCCGCAAUGAGUAUGAUCAGUCGAAUAGAUUUAUUUGAUGAAACCAACUUACUAUUAAACUUCAGAUCAUAAAAACACUACAACUAAAUAAAUUUUUUAAUACGGUGCACAUUUUAGAUCACCAUAAAGAUUGGUUGAUUACUAUGCACGGGAGUGGAUUUAGAGGUGUUUUUAUGAAUUUCAUGGUUGACAUCACAGAAUACUCUUAGUUAAUUAAUUAUUGAAGACCAGGAGACAUUAGGACUCUUCAGCAGUGUACAUUCAAGAUCCUUUUGCCCGGGGGGGGGGUCGAGCUCAAGACCUUCAGUCUCAAUCAAGAACCCUUAGUCUUCAAGGCAAUUGACCCGGCAUCGAAUAAUGUACACAUUUAGCUUCAAUCAACUUGCGAUAUUACGCAACCACCUUCCACUAAAUGCGGUCGAUAUUUAUUUCACCCUCAACACAGUUGAAGUCUACUAGUCACAGACUGACGGAGAGGCGUAGUGUAAUUCCGGAUUUCUAAAAAAGCCUUUCCGUGAAAAAUGUAUUAUUUGGCUAACAAUAAUUAAGGAAUCAAAUAAAUUACUACCAUUUCAGUGUAAUAUAUACUUUUUCCCCACGGAAAAAAAACACCAAAAACACAGCAAACCACGAAAGAAAUAAUCUAAAGAAUGACUCGUAAAUCUCAUUCACCUUAGGGAGGAAUCCAACCGUGUUAUUGAUUUCUUUUUCUGUAUUUUUUUUCUGCCGGUUGGCGAAUACAACAUUCAGAAUUAUGCGUAAACGAGAAAUUUAUUACAAUUCACGUGUUUCUGUUGUUCAUUCAUUCACUGUAUUUACUUACUUGCCUACACUUACUGUUCUGACUGUGAGUGGAUUGAAUGAGAAGAAAGCAACUGAUCGAUAGUUUAAGUUUUAGAAUCAGAUUAAAGUAGUUCAUUUUUUUUUUAGAGAGAGAGCAUUGUUUGUUUUGUUAAUGAAAGCUUUGUAUUAUAAAAUGCUAAAUAAAAAUACAAAUGUGAUGUAAACAAAUACGCUCAUAAAUGAUACUUUUUAAUUUGAGCACAAUAAGUGUGCAUUUUUAGAUUAUGAUGGUAGUUGUAGCUACUUAUUUAAAAUAAGUAGUUUAGUAGUAGUAGCCUUGUUCAGGAACGACUGUCACCUUGGCUUUAGUCACCUAGUUGUCAGGAUAUGUUCAACUUAAGUUUAAUGAUGAUUUUGAGUAAUUAGUAAGACAAAUCUACAGUCUUGAGUGGAUUGAUCUCCUCCAGAAUAUUCGAACCCCUGUUACCCAGUAUUGUAGUACCCAAAUAAUUUUGUGCCAUCAUCUUUAACCAUUUGAUUGCGGUGGUGAUGAACAUUCAAAUAUCAUGGAGAAUGGCGGUCCUCUCGAAAUUGUAUAUUCUAAUUUCUUGUUAAUAUUCAGUAAUUAAUAAGAGUGAUUUAAACAUUCUAUAUGGACUAUGCCAAAUCUGUUCUCAUUCCAAGCAUACUUUAUAAUGAAUUGCAUAAAAAAAACAAAAUUCACUGUGAUUUUACAGUUCGUUCAGCUAGCCCAGUCUACCUUUAUUUCAACGUAGUCCGUUUUUGCCAAACACUUAAUUAUACGGUCAUAUUGAUAUUUCUUAUGAAAAGGAUUAUGCUCUAGCUCGUUAGAAAUGAUGGUCAAUAUGGGUAGUUUCGUAAUUGCUCGGUAAUAACUUCAUUAUAUAGAUUGUGAUAAGUCUGCUAAAUGAACGCUCGAUUUUGUUCUCUAGCCGCUUCUAAUAGCCAUAAGUUUUCAUCUACAUGGCAACAUGAACAUAAGAGAAAAGACGCGAAGUGCGAAACCAACGCUUUGCUCUAUAGUUAGGUACAGAAAAUCAGGGUUACUUAUAGUAUUUCAAAUGGUCUUGGGAUUCCGGAAUUUUCUGGAACCAUACAAAAUGUAGUAGCAUGUUAGGUAAAUAUCCUAUCAAAACUGAUGCACAUGAUUUUGCAUUUUCUAGAUAUUUCUGCAAAGUUUCCAUUCAACGCGGAUUGGACAAAACGUUUCCUGGAGUUUCUGGGCCUCUAGGGAUUUAAUGAGGGAUAUUUUUGGAAUUCCUCUAACAGUUUACAUCACAAGCUGACUUUUGUCAGACAGUCUUUGAAAAUUAAGAAACUUUGGGUAUCUAUUUUGUUUUAGUACGGGAUUCUUCAGAAGUGUGCAUACUCAACCACACCAGGUCUCAAUUUCAGGAUCUUCUGAUAUAACGACGACUGAAUAAAUGUUAAACAACUGGGCCGGCACCCCAAAGGUAUAACGUCAGAUUAUAUAUAUAUAUAUAUAUUUAUUGCUUGGUCGAUCCUGACUAUAAAUAUUGAGUGAUCACCAGUUAAAUGUUAGCAGUUAAGGAAUGGACAUUUAAAUAAUGUUCAUUCUUUCCAAUGAAUAUUACCAGCCGCCACGAUGUCUCUGAUUGUACUUUUUUGUAACUUGUACAAUGAAAGGUUGUAAACUUUUCAUGGCGAGACUAUAAUUUAUGGACGAAGCAAUCAGAUUUAAGAUAACAGAUUUCCAAUUUUGGCGCAAAAUUCAUUCAUCCUUUUGGUUAAAUAGCAUUAUGGCAUUUUAACAUAUGGCAAUUCGUGAUGUAAACUUUAAAUUGAAUUCCUAACCUUAAUCAUUCACUGUAAAUCAUACUUCUAAUUCAUUACACUGGUUUAUAACCCUCAUUUAGUCCUAGUUAGUAGAUGUACAUUCUCAGGAUCACUUUAGCGUUUUGCUCAAAGGUCAUCCAUAAUUUAUAGUCUCACCAUAGAUACUCCAUAUCAGUACUUUCUAACUUUCAAUAGAUGAUUAGUUGUUACUAUGGAUAUCAUAAAUUUUUCUUUCAUUUAAAAAUGUUAAGAAAAAAUGUCAAAUUUUUCACAACCUCCCCCCCCGAAAAAUUCAUUUUGUUUACUGUUACGUAAUUGUAUUUUAAAAUGGAAUGAAUUUCAAAAUUUAUCAAUAGGCCUGUUUGAAUUUAAGGUUUGUUUAUUUGUUUGUUUGUGAAUAUGUAGGUGCAUGUAUGUUUCUAUGUCCUUGAGCAAAGUAAAUGAUGAUAAUAAUAAUAAUAAACUAGGAGAAAACAGUCCUUAAAGAUUCGUGCCUACCUACACACACACAUGUAUGGACGUGUAAACUGUGCACAUACAUACACAGACGUCUAGACCAUUGUACUAUUCUUGUCUUCUGUUUUCCAUUGAUUCAAUCGUCCUUCUUCUUCUUCUUCCUCUUCUUCUUCUUCUUAGUAUUAUUAUUAAAAUUAAUAGUAGUAUUCUAUCAUCUGCUAUUCUUUCAUGUUAGGCAUAACGGUAAUUGUAAUACAACAGCUGGGCUGUUAUUCCUUAUUCUAUUAUAUAUUCUCUUCUCUUCUCACUUCCUUCCUUUGUUUGUCUGUUUAUCUAUUUGUUUGUUGGUUUUUUGUUUGUUUAUUUACCUAUUUAUUGAUCAAAUUGAAGUUGUCUGAAAUUGUGUAUAUAGAUGUUUACAAUCCAUACACACACAUUCUUCCUUUAUUCUGGCCAGUUUUAAUUUGUCUUCAUUAUUAUCUCUCUCUCUCUCUCUCUCUCUCUCUCUCUCUCUCUCUCAAACACGCUAUUUACUUUGCUAAUUUCUUCAUUCUAUCUCUCACCGUCUAUGUUUUCUUUCUUUCUCCCUCUCCCCCUCCCUGUAUGUAUAUGCGUGUGUGUUUGUUUAAGAGAAUGACAGAGAGAGAGAGAGAGGGUGGAUCUGUUUAGGUACACAUAUACAUUCAUUCAUGUAUAGUAGACUGUUUAUGGGUUAAACUGUGACAUCAUAUUGAUUAAUUGUUAUUAUGAUGGCUGAUUUUCAGACAAGAUUAUCGAUUUAAGGACUGAUUUUUAUUUAUAAAGAGAGAGAGAGAGAGAGUAACAUAAUGUGUGUGUGUGUACGUUUUAUUUAUUUUGGAAAGCUUUGUUUCUUCCUUUAUAUAUAAUAUAAUUAUUAUUUUGUAUCGUUUAGUUCCGGCUUAUGUGUUUAUUGUUCAUAUAUACAUUUAUGUUACAAUUGCAUAACAAUUGUCUAUUAAUUAAUUAGUCAGUCUUUGUUUGAUAGACCUUAACUGUCUUAUUGUGUAUUAUUCCUAGUAUUAUUUACUAAUGAGUUACUUCAAUUUAGUAUUGGUGUGAUCUUAAAGUUCUGGUUUCAAUCUCUGAUAGGGUCAUCGUUGAACACUUCUUCUUAUGAGAAGUAGUUAAGUGCUCCCUGGCACUCAUUACACAUUUUACUUUGUAGUAUAUUUUUAGUAUUUAAUAAUAACUCGCACAAUUUCGUGGAUUGGUUAAGGUUAGAUAUUAACACCGUUGGUUGACGACUCAGUGGUCUGUAGAUUAAAUGUUCGUGAGCGAGACCGAAGGUUCUGUGUUCAAGUCCUGUGAGCAGAUCGUGGAUGCGCACUGCUGAGGAGUCCAACAAUAGAACGAAAUAGCCGUCCAGUGCUUUCAGGUUUUCAACGAUGGUCUAACAUCAAUCUGUUCAUGAUCUCAAUCAAUAGUAACUUCAUUAAUUCCAUUUCUUUCUUUCUAACAUCUUAAGCGUUAUUUCAAACGAUCCGACUUCUUGAUCUAAUUUCUUUUUUGUAGUAUACUUUCUAUAUUGUAUUAUUUAUUACAUAAUUAGAAUAAUUUUAUUCCUUUAUUCAAGUUAUGUUCAGGAUACUUGGUAAAUAUGAUAAAUCAGUUGCUUAAACAAUUGAUAUGAUUAAGAUAUCUAUUACUUAUGAUUAUCAAUCACCUAUCUUGAUGCGUAAUGUUUACUUGUGUAAGAAUAUGCUGGAAGAAAGUUGGAUAACUAAACCAAGAUUUGAUAUCGCUACAUGAUGUUAUUAAUUAUUGAACUGGAUCAUGUUGCUAAGUGAAGAUUACUACGUUGGAGAAGUUGGAUGAAACGAUUCAGUGUCAGUCUCAAUGGUGUUGAUGCAUUAUUUCUUUGCACUCCCUUGGAUUUUGAGUUUCACGAAUUACUUAGUUCUUGUAAAUAUAGGGUUGUGGAAAUUGGUGGAUAUGAUUGAAAUCCUGAAUUUAUUCAACUUAGACAAUUAUUAAAAACCUGAAAGCACCAGAAGCCGUUUGGCUCUAUAUAGAACUCCUCAGUAGACGUGCGAAUCCACUACUCCCCAUGCGUGAAUCGAACCGUUCUCGUGGAAGACUGAUGGUUAUUGGUUCGAUUUACUCAUACAAGGUCGUGGAUGUGCAUAGCCGAAGAGUCUCAAACCAGGAUAAAACGGCCGUUCAGUGCUUCUAGGUUUAAAAUAGUUGUUCAACUUAGAUCGUUUGAGGAUUUCAAUGCGAUUAUUUCUUCUUUAAUCAUUGUCUGUGCCUCCUUUAUUACUGACACAGUUAAUUUUACUAUUGCUACUAUUCUGGCAUUUCUGUUGUUGAUUUCAUCUCGGUGUGCUGAUGUGGUAUUUUCACCUAAACUGA